AUGGCAACGAAUCUAAUGUGAUCUGAUGUUAACUGAUAUUUGAAACUAAAGAAAUCUUUUAGAUUAUGUGUCAUCUAAAUUUUACCGUAUUUGAUAUAUAUAUUUUAUCGUUAAUCAAGUACCGACAGAUAUUUUUGGAUAAUUAUUAUUUGACGUGCCCAUACAUUUUCCGUCGAGAUGUUUAGUCUUAAUUUUCGUCGAAAUUUAGAGUCAACAUUCUCGAAAAUUAUACCAAAAAAUCCGUUUAAUAUUGGCGUUAGAUACGUAUUACGAGAACCUUUGCAACCCUUGAAACGAUGUCCACGAUGGGUUUGCGUCGAAGACGCUGUGAAAAUUAUAAAUUCAGAGCAUUUAGUUUUUAUCCAAGGAGGUGCAGCAACACCUAAUGAACUGAUACGUGCCAUGACCGAGCAUGGUGUUUGCAACAAUUUGCGUGGAGUACGAUUGAUUCAUAUGGGUCUCGAAGGAGAUGCACCAUUUGCAAGUCCUGAAUUUGAGAAGCACUUCAGAUCCAUAAGUUUUUAUAUUGGAGCGAAUCUUCGGGAGGCUGUGAACGAAGGCAGAGCGGAUUAUAUCCCAAUAUUUCUCCACGAAGUACCGAAACUUUUUUAUGAAUCAAGAAUCGUUCCUGAUGUCGCUUUGAUUCACGUCAGCUCCCCGGAUGCCCGAGGUUUCUGCUCUUUAGGUGUAAGCGUGGAUUGCACGCGUGCUGCUCUUAGUACAGCCAAAGUUAUCAUUGCCCAAGUCAACGAACACAUGCCAAGAUCAUUCGGAGAUUCGGUCAUUCAUUCUAGUCAUAUUGAUUGGGCAGUAAAAUAUAAUUGUCCUUUACCAUGCGUAGCCAGUAGUACUCCACCUAAUGAAAUUGAACAAGAAAUUGGCAAGAUCAUAGCAACAAGACUGGUGGAUGAUGGAGCAACUUUACAGCUUGGUAUUGGGAAUAUACCUGAUUCUGUUCUUUGCUCUCUUGGCAAUCACAAAGAUCUUGGUGUACACACGGAAAUUUUUGGCGACACAAUGGUAGAUCUUGCGGAAAGGGGAAAUAUUUCAAACAGAAUGAAAAUUAAACAUAGAGGACGUAUGGUCACUUCUUUGGCUAUCGGUACCAAAAGGGUGUAUGACUUUUUACAUAAUAAUCCUUUCGUAGAAAUGCUUGCCAUCAAUUACGUGAACGAUCCACGUGUAAUAUCGCAACAACCAAAAAUGACUGCUAUUAAUUCAUGCAUAGAAAUGGAUAUCACUGGUCAAAUAUGUUCCGAUAGUUUAGGCUGUAAAUUGUAUUCUGGUUUUGGAGGGCAACUUGAUUUUACUCGAGGUGCUGCGUUGGGUCAAGAUGGUCGAGGAAAAGCUAUAAUUGCAUUCCCCUCGGUUACCAGCAAAGGAGAAAGUAAAAUCCAGCCUGUAAUUAAACUCGGUGGUGGAAUUGUAGUAACAAGAGCACACGCCCAUUAUAUAGUCACCGAACAUGGAGUGGCUCAACUUUUUGGUAAAACAUUACGACAAAGAGUGAAUGCACUGAUUCAAAUUGCUCACCCUGAUCACAGAGAAUGUCUUGAGAAAGCAGCAUACGAAAGACUUAAAACUAAUCCAACAAAGUAUUUGUAAACUUUGAAAUACUCGAG